AUGGCACGACGAUACUCGCCCCCCGACUCGCCUCUUUCAUCAAUGGGGUCCGGUUCCGAGGCCUAUGAGGAGGAUGGCCAUGAGGAAGACGAGGCUUCCCUCCGCCCGUCCAAGCGACAACGAGUCGACGCGCAAUCCACCACGUCGUCUGCUGUUGUCCCGGAAGUCGAACACGACGCUGUGCCGGUUCCAGAUACCCUCGAGGGCAUGUCGGAUGUGUCCUCGGACACUUCGGGCGACAUCCCCAGCUCACCCGUGAAUGCACGACUCGAGGAAGACGACUUCCAGGACCAGGUGACUGUUUGCGACUGGGAUGGCUGCCCCGCCGGCGACCAAGGCGACAUGGAUAAGUUGGUCGAGCACAUCCACAACUCGCACAUUGAGAAUCGCCAGAAGAAGUACACGUGCGAAUGGAAGACGUGCAGCAGGAAGGGCCUCCCCCAUGCCAGCGGGUAUGCGCUCAAGGCGCACAUGCGCAGCCACACCAGGGAAAAGCCCUUUUACUGCUACUUGCCUGGUAGGACAAGAUACCCGCUGCUCCUACGUUUGGAGAGGUCAAUGGCUAACACUGUGGUCCCAGAAUGCGACCGCUCCUUCACCAGGUCCGAUGCCUUGGCGAAGCACAUGCGAACCGUCCACGAAACCGAGGCCCUGCGGCCUUCAGAUCCGGUGCCAAAGUCUAUGCAAUCCGGCACAGCUGGCAAGUCAAACAAGCUCAAAAUUAUCAUCAAAACGCCGCAGUCACAUGGGGGCACCGGCGAUGACGAAACGGGCGACGCCGUAAACGGGGACCCUGCCAACUCGGACUUCUUUACCGCCCUGCCCAGUGACCUGUUUUCUUCAGAAGAGCUCUCCUUCCCGGUGGACAAGCUGUAUCGCAAAUGCUACUGGGAGUCGAAGUGGGCUGACGAAGUCGGCGAGGCUCUCAGGAAGGAAUGCAAGGAGUGGGAGAAGGUAUACUACAAGGAGUGGCUGGAGAAGGAAGUGCUGCUGUCACAGGUCAUCAAGAGCGAGGUUGACUGGCACGACAGGCGCAAGGCCAUACUCGACGGCACCGCCGACGUUCAGGUUUCUGGCGUCGUGGGCUCCAAGGACAGUGAGCAGACCAACGGCAACGGCGUGGCUAUGCCCUUCAAGAGGGCCCAAGCCGCAGAGUCAUAG